GUGCCACCCAGUGGUUUGAGAGUUCCCCUUCAAGAGCUCCUUGUGUUCAAUGAAGGAGAAAACUGGGCUCUCGAGCCAAGACAAAUCGGUCCGACUCCACGGUGUAUAAUUAAUUUUCACCACUUGUCUGAGAAUGGCUGAGGUCUUCGUUUCGGGGUCACGGCGUAAUCUCUUUACGGACGGGGAACUGCUUGGACGGGUGCCCUUUUGUCGCCCUGAGUAUUAUUACCAAUGUUGCGAGACUUUCUUUGGCAGGGAAAGUCAUUGCGGCCGACGCUCAGUGGGAACUUUCCGUUCCGCGCGAGCGCACAAAUUGGAUAACAGGUGGACGUCGAAGAGGCGACGCAUCAGGCUUUAUUGUUUUCUCGAUAGUUUCAACAGCCUGAACGUCCCACACUCAUGGUCGCCGGGAGAUGAGCCUUUUGCUGUGAUUGUUGAGGUCAAGGGCUCCAUCAUUUAAAUUGGUCACGCACAUUUCCGUGGGAGCAAUUCCUGCGUGAUGUGGCCGUCAGUGUCAGGUGGCUCGUGAUUGUUCGAAUGUCCUUCACCCAGUGCAUAGAUCAUACCAGACAAUCUAUGGAGGUCAACGUAUGAGUCAGACCGGGUUUAAAAGAAGGUCACAGGCUUUGUUCAUGGUUCUCUGGUGCUAGAGAACGUUUUCGUUUGCAAAAGGUGUGAAUCCCCUCACCAGGAAUGCGUCUGCGAGGAUUUAAUUUCUGUAUUCCUCACCUCAUUAUUGGCCCUGAGAGCAACAUUUAGCAGUUGUUCUUUUGAUGAAUGCGGUUCACACCCAACGCUAUAUGUACCUGCCUUUCUAUCAAAUACAACAUUGUUAUAUUUUCAGUAUUGGUUUAAGAACACUGUGGAAAAAUAAACAUUAUCCUGUUAAGGUGGUACUAGAUUAAUGUGGAUGUGGCACCAUGUUGUUUGAGAGACGCUGCGAUGACGUCACCCGCCCACAACUUGAAAGCCACAUGAAGCUUGCAUGGACACUGCCAUCUAGUGGUUGCUGCUGACACCUGCCAGGCCAGAGUACAGCAGAGGAGUUGUUAAUUUAAUUAGUUCUUCUUCCAUCCUAGCAUACAAAUGUUAUUGUGUGUGUGUGUGUGUGUGUGUACGUACAUUCAUUGUUAUCUUCACACUUCACACUAACUGGUUGUAAUUGUAAGCCCGGGUUCAGGCUUGAACAAAGAAAUUCUCUCAUGCACAAAAACCCAUGCACAAAAAAAUGUUUUUUCCUGCUGAUGCAUGAAUAACUGUCAUGCAUCAGCAGACAUCCAUGUACGCAAAUGUCCAAACGUGUGUGAAGUACAUGCAUACAACAAAUGUUAAAAGAUAGCCCUCUGAUUACCCUGUCAAACAAUCACUUCAUAACUAUAUUCGGACAUUCGGAUUUUGACAGUCCGUUCAGAUGUACUGUGUCAUUGGUUGAGGCUGCAUAAAGUCCAUUUUCCUUGGUUGGUGGGCUGUUGGCUAUUUAUUUUGGAGUCACAUUUAUCUCCUGCAGUUUGAAGUGAAAGCUUUGCCAGGGGAACAUUGAGUGCUUUAGAGCGUCACAUUCAUACCCAUCUAGCUUAGCCAUCUGCAGAGGGGCCACACUGCAGCUUUUAAAUCAUAGGCCGCUGAAAUGUAAACACAGAAAGAGGCUUUCACCAUUAAUCUGGCCGCCACAACUCGCCCGGAGAGAUCUCCCCUUCGUGGGAAUUCAGUGAAGUGAUUGUGUGGGUCGUCUCCUAAAUGGUUGUUGUAGAAAUGAAUCAGGCCACACACACAUCACAUUGAGUGACUGCGGUGAAGAUGAGUGCGUGAUGUAUAAUUGCAAUUCAUGAAUAUAAUAGUUACAUUAUAUGCAGUUACAUACACAUUAUGAUAGUUUGACCCUGGAAUCAUAGCAAUCAGACGAGACACAUUGCUGCAUUGCGUUUUUCUCAAGCUUGGCCAUUCAAUGUGGCACACCCAAUAGCACUAUAACGAGGUCUACAUCAACGCAGUAAGAUUUCAUUCACAUGAUUCACGAGGGCAUGUGAAUUGCACACGUUCGCAUCAUCGGACGAAGAGCGACGAUACAAAAGGUUCUGAUUCAGAAGGCUCUGAUUCAGAAGGCUCUGAUCCAUAAGGCUCUGAUUCAGAAGCUUAUCCGGAAGACACUGGUGUGUCACUUGACCCGUGUGCUGUUAAAAAAAUGAAACCUUCCAAGACUACAGAUCCUGUCAGUGUCACCAGUCAAUGAACGGCUUGCUAGUCACCAUCAGUGUUGGACCACGGCACCAUGGUGAGAUUACACCAGGCUAUCCGUCCAUCUGAUGUGUACACUAGCUGCCCGGGGCCUCUUGAUUUCUCUGGAUGAGGGCUAAAGGAGCUUACACUUUAAUAUCCUGAUGGGAAAUGGGGUUUUCUCUAAGCCCCCUGCCUCGUGUACCCGGGCGUGGCCAGGCGAGGACUCUCCCAGGGUCCGCCGCCAAAUGAGAUCCCCAUGGGAUCUCAUUUGGUCACUCAUUUCCUCUUUUUGUUUUUUUGUGGUGUUGUUUUGUUGUGGUUGUCGUUGGCCCCUCCCACUCGCGCCGCGCCGGUCAAAUCAAACAUCCUGAUACGCGUUUGGUCUCCUUGUCAUGUUGUCGUCGAACCACAGCAAUGCCCGCCCUUUUUUUUUUUUUGUACUUCAUGUCGGAGUAAGCUACCCAGGGGAGGGGGUGGGGGAGGGAAAGGGGGGGGGGGGAGAUGCUCAACAGUGAACCAGUAAACACGCACAACCAUUAGCAGGCUAACCUCGGGACGCUUGGUCAUCUCACUGUUGACUGGAAGGACCGAACGUUGGCUCGCUUGUUACCGGAGGGCGGCGGUGGAGAUCUCACAUCCCAGUGCUCAGAAUCAUGAUCCCCGCUAAGAUGAUGGUGUACAGUCGCCCCGACGCGGGGGGCCGCCCCACCACGGCGGUGGUGAACCAGAGGCGGCGCAAGAAGUCCACGGGGGAGCUCUUCCAGAAGGGGUACCGGGUCAGGUCCGGACACGGGCAGGCCGCCGAGAAGGCAGAGCAGGACACGGUGUGCUAUAACCUGGGCUCGUGCUUCCACCUCGUCUAUUACUGGGGCUUGAGGUUCUUAAGGGCCUUAAGACUCAUACAGUUCUCAGAAAUUUUACAGUUUUUGAAUAUAUUGAAAACGAGUAACUCGAUAAAGUUGGUGAACCUGUGCUCAAUCUUCAUAAGCACAUGGCUUACAGCAGCCGGAUUCAUCCAUUUGGUGGAAAACUCCGGAGACCCAUGGGAAGACUUUCAGAACUCCCAGGAACUCUCCUACUGGGAGUGUGUGUACCUGCUCAUGGUCACCAUGUCCACUGUGGGCUAUGGAGACGUUUAUGCAAAGACCACACUGGGUCGUCUUUUCAUGGUCUUCUUCAUCCUUGGUGGUUUGGCCAUGUUUGCGAGCUACGUCCCUGAAAUCAUAGAGUUAAUAGGCAACCGCAAGAAAUAUGGCGGUUCCUAUAGUGCGGUUAAUGGGAGAAAGCACAUAGUGGUCUGCGGUCACAUCACACUGGAGAGUGUGUCCAACUUUCUCAAAGACUUCCUACACAAGGACAGGGAUGAUGUCAAUGUAGAAAUUGUUUUUCUUCAUAAUAUUUCCCCUAAUCUUGAGCUGGAAGCCUUGUUUAAGCGCCACUUCACCCAAGUGGAGUUCUACCAAGGGUCUGUCCUCAACCCCCACGACCUGGCCAGAGUCAAGAUUGAGUCGGCGGACGCUUGUUUGAUUCUAGCCAAUAAAUACUGCGCAGACCCCGAUGCAGAGGAUGCCUCCAAUAUCAUGAGGGUGAUUUCUAUAAAGAACUACCAUCCCAAGAUCAGGAUUAUAACCCAGAUGUUGCAGUACCACAACAAGGCCCACCUGUUGAACAUUCCAAGUUGGAACUGGAAGGAAGGGGAUGACGCCAUCUGCCUGGCGGAGCUGAAGCUUGGCUUCAUCGCCCAAAGCUGCCUGGCCCAGGGCCUGUCCACCAUGCUGGCCAACCUGUUCUCCAUGAGGUCCUUCAUCAAGAUCGAGGAGGAUACUUGGCAGAAAUAUUACCUGGAGGGCGUUGCCAAUGAGAUGUAUACAGAGUAUCUAUCCAGUGCCUUUGUGGGCUUAUCCUUUCCAGUCAUCUGCGAACUGUGCUACGUCAAACUCAAGCUGUUACUCAUAGCUAUUGAGUACAAAUCUGAUCAGAGGGAAAGCAGCACGCUCAUAAACCCUGGUAACCAUGUCAAGAUGGAAGAAGGGACCCUGGGCUUCUUCAUUGCCAGCGAUGCCAAAGAAGUGAAGAGGGCGCUGUUUUACUGCAAAGCUUGCCACGAUGACAUCACAGAUCCCAAAAGGAUCAAGAAGUGUGGAUGCAAGAAAUUGAUAUAUUCCAAGAGGUCGUCGACCUACCAGAGAAUGAAGCUGGCAUGUUGUUUUGAUUGCGGCAGCGCGGACCGCGACUGCUCUUGCAUGCCAGUCUAUGUGCAUUGUAACACGGACGCGCCUCAACGCGACAUUCCACUUUCCGUCGUCUCUGUUAGUGACUGCUCGACCACGUUGCGUGCCUCUAAGAAUAGCUAUAACGGAUAUAUCAAAUCAAUCGAAGAGGAACAGACGCUGUCGCCCAAAAAGAAGCAGCGCAACGGGGGUGUGAGGAGCUCGCCCAACUGCUCCCCGAAGAUCAUGAGGCACGACCCGUUGAUCAUCCCGGCAGGCGAUCAGAUCGAGAGCAUGGACAUGAACGUGAAGAAGUACGACUCCACCGGCAUGUUCCACUGGUGCCCGUCCAAAGAGAUCGAGAAGGUUCUCCUGACGCGGAGCGAGGCGGCCAUGACGGUGCUGAGCGGCCACGUGGUGGUGUGCAUCUUCGGGGACGCCAAGUCGGCGCUGGUGGGCCUACGGAACCUGGUGAUGCCGCUGCGGGCCAGCAACUUCCACUACCACGAGCUGAAGCACAUCGUGUUCGUGGGCUCCCUGGAGUACCUGAAGAGGGAGUGGGAGACCCUGCACAACUUCCCCAAGGUCUCCAUCCUAUCAGGCACGCCGCUGAGCCGCGCGGACCUCAGGGCUGUCAACAUCAACCUGUGCGACAUGUGCGUGAUCCUGUCGGCCAAUCAGAACAACAUCGACGACGCCUCGCUGCAGGACAAGGAGUGCAUCCUGGCGUCGCUCAACAUCAAGUCCAUGCAUUUUGACGACAGCAUCGGACUCCUGCAGGCUAAUUCCCAAGGUUUCACACCGCCAGGGAUGGACAGAUCUUCAGCGGAGAACAGCCCCGUCCACGGAAUAGUCCGGCAGAUCUCCAUCUCGACCGGAGCCAACAUCCCCAUCAUAACGGAACUAGUGAACGACUCCAACGUUCAGUUCCUGGACCAGGACGAUGAUGAUGACCCAGACACGGAGCUGUACCUCACCCAGCCCUUCGCCUGCGGGACAGCCUUCGCUGUGAGCGUCCUGGACUCCCUGAUGAGUGCUACAUACUUCAACGAUAACAUCCUGACGCUGAUCCGCACACUGGUGACGGGCGGAGCCACGCCGGAGCUGGAGGGCCUGCUGGCGGAGGAGAACGCGCUGCGGGGGGGCUACAGCACGCCGCAGACCCUCGCCAACAGGGACAGGUGUCGGGUGGCGCAGCUGGCCUUGUACGACGGACCCUUCGCCGACCUGGGGGAUGGAGGGUGCUAUGGUGAUCUUUUCUGUAAGGCACUGAAAACCUACAACAUGCUGUGCUUUGGCAUCUAUCGGCUACGAGAUGCUCAUCUAAACCCGCAAAACCAAUGUACCAAACGAUACGUGAUAACCAAUCCGCCGUACGCGUUCGAGCUGGUGCAGUCGGACCUCAUAUUCUGCCUGAUGCAGUUUGACCACAACGCGGGCCAGUCCCGGACCAGCCUGGCCCACUCCACCCACUCGUCCUCCCACACCUCCCACACCUCCAGCAAGAAGAGCUCCUCCCUCCACUCAGCCCAGCUGACCAACCGAACCAACCGCUCCAAACCCCGCGAGCCGCGGGACAAACAGAAAAAGGACGUGGUUUACAGAUGAGCCAGAGAAGACUCGCCCGAGGAACGUGCACGUGAAGCUCGGGCAUGAUCUGUCCGUCAACCAAUACAAAUCUACAAGCAGCCUAAUCCCGCCCAUCCGGGAAAUAGAAGACGAUAGCUAAAACGUUCCAUCCCUUUAUUGCUUGGAUACCACCACGGAACCCCCCUCCCCCCCAUGUUAGGGGUUGAAAAAAACAGCAAAAACAAAACAUAAAUUAAAUAUUUUCUUGCAGACAAACAUCGAUCCGAUUGUUGCUAAUGUUGUCAAGUAGCACACACUAAAAACGAGCAACGUUUAAAAGGUCUAGCCCUUGUGGUUGUAAUACACGGUAAUAAGAGAACAUGACAAUAGGUGAAAUGAUCUAUUGAAGACAAUCACAUUGAAAAGUCACAACCAUGCGCUCCAUUUGAUAUUUCAGACCUGGCAUUGGAUGCUGCGGGCUAAUUCCGAAGUUUUUCCACUUUGAAAAAUGGUAGGGUCUCGGGAGAGUCCCAGCGCGAGGAAACCAAUAACUGUACACCAGAAGUGAUAGUUUACGUUAAUAGCUCAAGCUUUGCAAACAUAAAUGUUGCCUUUUUAGCUGUUAAUAAACAACUACUUAACAUAUUUUACUCAGUGUUGCAGAGCUAUUCUGUAAAGUUUGUUAAAAUGUGUAUUUCAUAUCUAACUGCAAGCCCACCAUGACGGUAUUGUUUGGUAACGGUAACUUGGAGCUGCUUCACAUUUGUAACUGUUGGGAUGGCCAAUAUCCACGACCAAAUAUAGGAACACGGCCUCUGGCCUUAUCUGCAUUCGUUUGUUUUGUUUUUCUUAAAGCUGCCUUUUCAUUUACGUUAUCCUCUUUUUGGCUGAAAUGUCCAAAGCGUCAAGCGCUUGGGCUAUAUUGGCUAAUUCCUACAAAGCCUUUGGAUAUUUGCAAAGGUUUUCACUUCAAUUAUCAUCAAUACCUUUUCAAUGAACCAAAUAUGAUAGAGCUGUUUUAAAGGAGAUAAGAUUCAAAACAUGUUUGAUUUGCUUAUAGUGGAGUAAUUGACGGUGGUUAUGGAAAUCAAUCUAGACAUUAUGGACAACCAUGCAAAUUCAUGUAACAUAGUCUCACAUCGUUCAGUGAAUGUGAGUUAGUGAUACAAUAUCAAUAUCAAAGCCACGUAUCGCAUGAAGUGGGCAUUUACGAGUCCUCCUUUGGCUAUAAGCACUGCCUGACAUUGAAUAUAACGUUCGCAUAUGCACUAACUGAAAUUCCACAAACGUCCUACUGAGAAAUUGAAAGGCUUUUUCUGUAGAUGCUCCAAAAACAGCUCAAUCAUAAGCCACAAUUUUGGCUAUUUCUCACGUUUGCCUCUUUUACUUCAUAUCAGUGGAAAUAAAAUGACAGUUGACAGUUUUGUUAAAGAGGCCAGUCACAAUUCAUCAUCGGGUGUCUUUUUUUUUACCAAACAACUUGCAACGUGCUAUGAACUUGAUAUUUAUGUUAAGGCUUUCAAGCAUAUGAGAACAGAAUGUUUCGCCAAGAGCAAUUUUUAAUCAAAAUGCUUUGCCAAGGUACCAUCAUUAUUCAGGAAGCUUAGCCAAGAAUAGGCAUUAAUCAUGGCUUUCUUCCAUUCCAUUCUGUUGACACCACAGUCAAUUUACAGUCACUUAACCAGGCCCAGGAGCUAGGGCCCGAGAGGAAAGCAACACGCACCAAACCUCAAAAAAGACAUUCAUUCACAGACGUUGGAUAGCUUAGCAUGAGUUGUCUUGAAGGAAGGAAGGAGUGAGGAAGAGAGGAAGGAUGGAACUAACGGACAUGACGGUCGGUGAGUUCCAGGCAGUGCCGCAGCCAAAGGAGGGCUCCUGGAGAGACCUACUGCUGCGAAAAGAGGCUUGUAGGUAAUAAAGCUUCGCGUACAUAACAACACGACUGCUCUUUGCGAUCCGUCUCAAUGGAGGCUAGCCAAGGUCAACUUUCAAACUGCUCAUGAAAUUAUUUUCAUUUGUAAAAAAUAAAUAAAAAGUCCAGCUGAUUGGGAUUCCCUGAAGCUGUAUUCAAACAAGUCUUAACGCUACGUCAAACCUAUGUUCGUUCACAACGGAAGAGCUCACAAUGGCGAUUCUGGUCUGAUAAUAUGUGUAUCUGCUCUAAAGAAGUCUAUAUAAAGCUUUAUGUAAACAAAUUAUUUCAGUGUAUUCACUUGCUUGACAGAUAGCAUCUGUGGGAGUGAGGGGCAUUUCACAUUGCCGUCUAGUUUUGCAUUCUUUUUUAAUUUUUAGCACAUUGACUUGUGGACACAAAGAGAGUGCUAAGCAAAUAUUUCUGACUAUGUCAUACUACCCAAUAAUAAUGAUUCUAGUAUAUUGUCUUGUACAAAAUAGGUUUGUAAAUAUCUUGUACAUGAUUUCAUUUUGUAUUUUCACAAAUUAAAAAAUGAUGUAUCGUG